GACUGUCUUCUUUCUAACACGCUCUGACAGGCUAUGCAUAUAACCCAGCUGAAUCGGGAAUGCCUUUUACAUCUAUUUUCUUUUCUGGACAAAAAUAGUAGGAAAAGUUUAGCAAAAACAUGUCACAAGUUGCUAGAAGUGUUUCAGGAUCCUUUACUGUGGUCUUUGUUGAACUUUCAUUCUCCAGUGGAACUAAAGAAGGAUAAUUUUCUCCUGGGACCUGCUUUAAAAUACUUAUCCAUCUGCUGGUAUUCAGAGAGAGUCAAGGUGUGUAACACUGAGGACUGGAUGAAAAACAAUUUCCAGAAAGACUUCUGUAACAGGCAUGAAAACACUGUCAAUGAUUUUUUACUAGAAGUUUGCAACAGAUGUCCAAACCUGCUAUCUCUGACCCUCUCUGGAUGCGGCCAUGUUACAGACGAUUGCAUCUUGCUGCUUCUCAAGAACUGCCCAAACCUCAAGGCACUCAAACUGGAAAACUGCGUGCGGAUUACUGACCAGACACUGGAAGCAGUGACCCUCUAUGGGGGAUCACUGCAAACACUCCACGUGGAUUUCUGCCGGAACAUAACACAAACUGGUCUAGAGAGAGUCAGGGAAAAACGUCCUUCGGUAAUGCUGAGAGCAGAGAGAAGUGCUAACAUGAUUCCAGAUAAUAAGCCAGAAAAAAAGUUGAUGCUUGAAAAAGCAUCAAGAAAAUUAGUUCAGCUUUAAGUGCAACAAAUUGUAUAAUAAACUCAGUCAAUGUGCGUAUUUUAUUUCACUUCCACUCUCGUCUUGGGUAGUAUUGCUUCAAGGAACUGUGGCUACUUUCCUGCAUUCUGGUUUAAGUCCGAACAAAUGGUUGAUAUGUUUUGUAAAAGCUGCAGAGAAAAGGCAUGAAUCUCCACUAGGACAGUCUUAAGGAAAAAAAAACUGUUUGCUUUCUGUUGUUCCUUGAAACUGGAAAACCCUGCUUUGCUGUCACAAAAUGCUAGACCUGAUUAAGGCUGAAAACUGCAAUUUUGAUACCCUCUUGUCACGGAUGAGUGGAAUGCACCUCACUAAGAAGGGAGAAGCAGCAGUAUGUUUUAUUGAGGUAAAAUAAUAAUUUGACAGUUCAAUAAAUUUGA